AUGAAUAACAAUUAUUUCCUCUCUCAUUCCAUUUCAGCUGAUCCAAAGUUCGCGACACCAAUCAAUAAUGUAACAGUUGCUGUAUCGAGAGAUGCGGUUUUAACUUGCAGUGUCCAUGAUUUAUAUCAAUUCAAAGUUGCAUGGCUGCGUGUUGAUACACAAACAAUAUUGACCAUUCAACAUCACAUUAUCACCAAAAAUCAUCGAAUUUCAAUUACAAAUACCGAGAAGAAAAUUUGGGAGCUUAAAAUUAAGGAAGUGAAGGAGUCGGACCGAGGAUGGUAUAUGUGUCAGAUCAAUACAGAUCCAAUGAAAAGUCAAAUGGGUUAUUUAAAUGUUGUUGUUUCUCCAGAUAUUCUCGACGACCCAACGAGUAAUGAUGUAAUAAUUCAAGAGUAUGAAAACGUGACUGUUUCGUGUACAGCAAGUGGCUCACCAGAGCCAACAAUUUUGUGGAAGCGUGAAGGUCACAACAAGAAACUAUAUAUUGAUAAUAAGGAAUCUGAGACGUUUAUUGGUACGAUACUUCGUAUUCCAUAUAUAACAAGGCACCAAGCUGGCGCUUAUUUGUGUAUAGCAUCCAACGGAAUUCCUCCAACAAAAUCAAAGAGAAUCAAAGUGGUUGUAAAUUUCAAACCGAAGAUAUUUACACAUCAUCGAGUCAUUCACGCAGCAAUUGGUCAAAAAGUGAUGUUGGAAUGUUUAACAGAAUCAUUUCCUAAUUCCGUGAACUAUUGGAUGCGUGCAAAUCCGGAUUUUUCGUCAAACGACUACGUAAUGGGUGGAAGUUACAAUACAAGCAUUGACAGUUACGGAGCAUAUGAAGUCAAAAUGAAACUUCUUGUUAAACUCAUUAGUGUACAUGAUUUUGGUGUCUACAAGUGUAUUGCGAAAAAUGCACUUGGCAAUUCUGAGGAAAUAAUUAAACUUUUACCAGCAUCAAAGACGAUUGACAAACACGAGUUUCAUCCAACGAGUUUUAUAAGCACAUACUUAAAUACACGCAAUGGUAAGACGAUGUUAGUUUAUGAUUCAUGGGCUUAG